CGAGCAGCGAUACAUCAGCACACCAGCUCGAGCUCAGAAAAUUCAAACCGUCGAGACGCUCGACCGCUCUCAACUGCCAUUGAAGAGCUACUGCGUGAGAGAUAAUGUCAAAUAAGAGGCAUGUUUGCGUUAUUUGGGCGAAUACAAAUGAGGUCAGGAUAACUACUGAACAUUUUGACAAAGAGAAAAGCCUGCUGUUGGAUUCGGAGAGGGUUGGGCUGGUAGAGCACGGAUUACUCGACAUUAAGAAGCCCAAAGACAGAUGGAGGGCUUACCUGCCAGAGACUCGACACUGUGUGGAUUCUUAUAAUUCUGAAGAAGAGAAACACUCAGACUGGAAUAGAGCGUCCGGUCAAUUUCAAGAGGAAUCUAGGGUUUCUGAAAAUGAAGAAAGUGAAGAUUUCUGAAAGACCAAAGAGUCUGCUGAGAUGGGGGAGAGAGGGCUGCUCAUCCUUCUGCUUGCAGGGUUUUGUGUGCCUGCUUACAAUCAGAUCAUUAAACACGUGUUUGUGAAUACUCUGAAGAGCUGGUCUGCAGCUCAGAGCUACUGUAGAAAGAAUCACACAGACCUGGCCACUGUGCACAGCCAGGAAGAAGCACAGCAGCUCUUAAAUAUUGCAGGAGCUUCUCUCAAUACUUCUGCCUGGAUCGGGCUGUAUCGUGAUGGCACACAGAACUGGCAGUGGUCUAACGGCGAUGAUGUCAUCUACAAAAGCUGGACAAAAGACCUCUUCUGUGCUUCAAUCAAUUCAGUGGGACAGUGGGAGGACAGUGUCUGCUUUGAGACGAAAGCUUUCAUGUGCUACCAAGAGACCAGCACCAUCACUGAGAGAUACACCCUUAUUCAAGAACUGAAAACCUGGACUGAAGCUCAGCAGUACUGUAGAAAAUACCACACCGACCUCGUCAGUAUAAAGAACACCAGUGAAAAUGCAGACCUAGUGAAGAAAGCGCAGGGCAAGACCUUCUGGAUAGGCCUGUUCAAUGAUCCCUGGAAGUGGUCACACCAGGGGGAUAACUACACAUUUCACUACUGGAACAAUGAGGAACCAAACAAUGCGGGAGGCAAUGAUAAAUGUGUGAGGAUGUUCAAGAGUGGCACAUGGGGUGACAAAGACUGCAGCGUUCUGUACCCUUUCUUCUGCUAUGAUGAUCCAGCCCCCUCAGACCCUCCUUCAACACGACUCUCUGAAGAUCCAGCCCCCUCAGACCCUCCUUCAACACGGCUCUCUGAAGAUCCAACCCCCUCAGACCCGCCUACAACACCACUCUCUGAAGAUCCCAAAACCACAAGCCCCCCUUCCACUCCAGUCCCUCAAGAAGCAGAACCUUCGAGCCCCCCUUCCACUCCGGUCUCUCAAGAUCUAACCCCCUCAGACCCUCCUUCAACACGACUCUCUGAAGAUGCAACCCCCUCAGACUCUCCUUCAACAACGCUCUCUGAAGAUCCCAAAACCACAAGCCCCCCUUCCACUAUAGUCUCUCAAGAAGCAGAACCUUCGAGCCCCCCUUCCACUCCGGUCUCUCAAGAUCUAACCCCCUCAGACCCUCCUUCAACACGACUCUCUGAAGAUGCAACCCCCUCAGACUCUCCUUCAACAACGCUCUCUGAAGAUCCCAAAACCACAAGCCCCCCUUCCACUAUAGUCUCUCAAGAAGCAGAACCUUCGAGCCCCCCUUCCACUCCGGUCUCUCAAGGCACUCCAGUCCCUGAGGGUCUCCACCUGAUCUCUGACAGAAUGGUCUGGCCGGAGGCUUGGCGGUACUGCAAGGAUCACUACACUGACCUAGUGAACCUCACAAGCCUGGCUGCACAGAACAGAGUGUCGGAGCUCGUCAGGAACAGCACUGCGUCGCAAUUCUGGAUCGGCCUGCACAGAAGCAUUGUGUAUGAUAACUGGUACUGGGUGGCUGGUGAGGAUAACAAGGGGCCUGUAAACUACACUAACUGGGCCCCUGGGGAGCCCAACAAUCCUUACUAUGAGCACUGUGGGGAGAUGGUGCUGAGGGAGGAUGGGGGGGCUGAGUGGAAUGAUCUGUGCUGUUAUGAAAAGCUCCCCUUUAUCUGUUUCAAAGAUUAACAACACCCCUAAAAGGGUGUACAGCAGUGGUUCUAAAUCUGUAGUUGGGACCCCUUUUAAGGUCACUUUAGUCUGAAAAAAACCUAUUUACUAAUAAAUUAUAGAAGUAUCUAAAUCUGAAUGAUAUUGUGUAAGCAAUGUGCAAGUAAUGAAGAAAAUUGAAGUCUUGUAUGUGACAGAGUUUGCAAUGCCAUGUCUGCUCUCUAUAAAGAGCUACUGCAAUGCACUGCAGCCAUUGUGGAUGGUAGGUCUGCUUGUGAUGUGGUCGCUUGAAACCUUCCUGUGAACCCCCAGGGGUCCCAACCCCCAGUCUGAGAACCACUGUCUCCAUAGAACCCAGAGCUUUACUAUAGGAGUAAUACACCAAUACUAUAGAAGAAAAUGCUAUGUAGGAAUCUUUAAUGAUAUACCUUAUUCUGAUAUUUCAUUGUGCUUGUUUAAUAUCCUAUUGUGUGUGUUCUGUGUGAUUCUCUAUUGUUUCAACUAAGAGCAUCAUCUGCCGUGCUUACUAACUAUUCCAGUAAAAUGCUUCCUGAAAAGACUCCUCAAGGCUGAUUGUAAUGAAGCAAGGUGGGGAAGCAUAAUAGAGUUGCACAGUCUUCAGUGCACAGUGCUUCUCCUAAGGGCCUUAGUGCACAGUGCAACGCUAACAUGCUUCCCCACCUCACUUCCUCACAGUCAGCCUUGAGGAGUCUUUUCAGAAGCUGCUUCACUUGUUUUUUUAGUUCAGGAUCCUCAGCUGUUUAAAAUGCAGCGUGUAGAUAAACUGCUGCAUCCUGGUACCUUUGCUGUAGGUCACUUGGUCUGAUUGAGGAGGCAGCAGCAGCUUGGUUUAAAUUAUUAUUAUUAUUAUUAUUAUUAUUAUUAUUAUUAUUAGUUAUUUCUUAGCAGACGCCCUUAUCCAGGGCGACUUACAAUUAUUACAAGAUAUCACAUUAUACAUUAUUUCACAUUAUACAGAUAUCACAUUAUUUUUACAUACAAUUACCCAUUUAUACAGUUGGGUUUUUACUGGAGCAAUCUAGGUAAAGUACCUUGCUCAAGGGUACAACAGCAGUGUCCUCCACUGGGGAUUGAACCCACAACCCUCCGGUCAAGAGUCCAGAGCCCUAACCACUACUCCACUAUGAAAUAUCUACUUUCCAAAUUGAAGUAUAAAACACAAGCAAAACAAAGGGGCCAGUGAUAAUAUUGCUGGGGUUAGUAAGCUUUAAGAAAAUUGAUUUUAAUCCUUGUUUAGCAGUCCUUUAAUACAGGAUACAUUGUUAAGAGGAGAAACACGCGGGUGGGGGGGGUGUAACUUGAUAUUCUCAUUAUUACUACUUUUUAAAGCUUUUUUCUAGUUUAAAUAUUUAAGUAGUUUUUAUGUAUUUAAGAAAGUGUGUCUGUAGUCAGGCCUGUAUGAUGUCAUCAGCACUAGUAUCACAAACACUCCACUUGGAAAUGAAAAGAAACUCUUUUCUGUCCCUUGUUUGCACUCCUGUGUUGCUUCCCUGAGCUGCAGCAGAGCGGUCGUUCAUACCCCCCUGCUGCUGCAGGUAGUCUCAGCAGCGUGCCUGUUUAGUGCACACCAGAGUGACACAAAGAGAGACCAGAAAGCUUCAAGGAGGGAGGAAGCUUGUGUGUCUGCAGACUAAACUACCUGCCUCUGGGGAAUGCAAACAAACUGGACAGCCAACAGGGCCUGGUUUCUGAUGAAGCAGAUUGCAGCUCAUGCUAAUCUGAUGAGGAAUGUAGUAAAGAGACACACUGUAAUUCUAUUUUAAUAUGAUGCUACAACUUUCAAUAUAUUGAAUAAGUCCUGCCUCACUCUUUAUAUUCUACAUUUCUGAGUGUAUCUGCCAUUAUAAAAUGAAUAAAGAGUUGAACUUCAGUUUGAA